GAUUGUUGAUUAAAUGAGCAAAUGACCCCAUGUAUAUUGUACACCUGGGUAUAUUUAACAUAUUAAGGGUCAAAGUUUACAAAAUUUGAUCUAAAAAAUGGUAAUGGAGCAAAAAUAAAGAGACGGAGGGAGUAUAAAAAGAGUAUUUCGUAUGUGUAUUCAGAUUAGUAAUGCCUACCAAAAUACAGCUCAAAAAAAAAAAAAAAAAAAUAAUUUAAAGGCGCUGUCGUCCUCGUGGCGGGGCUGGACAUUUUCUGUAAAAAAUAGCAAUAAUUCUCUCUCCUGACUCUUCCCUUUCACUUUCUGUAAUCUUAAACCCUUCUCAGUCUCAAGAUUCUCUUCUUUCAUCGCCUGAAAUUUUCUUCAUUUAUUAAUUCUUCAUUUCCUUUUCAUCUCCGCUAUUCUUUGAUUCUCUUUGUACCUGGUAUAGGCGUAUGUUUCUAAGUGCUCUUGAGGCUGCACAGACUGUUGAUAGACUCAAAACAUCUUGGAGAUGACAAUGGCUUCGGAGCUUGUAAAUAUUGCUACAAGUGACAAACUAACUGAGGUUGAUUGGGCCAAAAACAUUGAGAUCUGUGAAAUAGUUGCUCAUGAUCAGAGGCAAGCAAAGGAUGUGAUGAAAGCGAUCAAAAAGCGCUUGGGUAGUAAGAGUUCAAAUGCUCAGCUGUAUGCUGUUAUGCUGUUAGAGAUGUUGAUGAACAAUAUUGGUGAGGCUGUUCAUAAGCUGGUGAUAGAAGCAGGUCUUCUCCCUAUUUUAGUUAAAAUCGUGAAGAAAAAGUCUGAUUUACCAGUGCGAGAAAGAAUAUUCCUUCUUCUGGAUGCAACACAAACAUCAGUUGGUGGAGCAACUGGAAAGUUUCCUCAGUACUACAAUGCUUACUAUGAGUUGGUGAGUGCAGGAGUAAAGUUUCCUGGAAGGCCUAAUGCAGUCUCAUCUAACCAUAACUCCUCUGGUGCAAGCCAAAGUAAUUUAACUGUUGGAAGCAUUGCCGCGUCAGCCAGUGAAAGGGCCCCAAAAAGGGAAGAACGUCAAGAACCCCAGCCUGCACCUGGGUCCAGUAUAAUUGAAAAGGCUAAUGCUGCAUUGGAAGUUCUAAGAGAAGUUCUGGAUGCAGUCAAUGCUCAAAACCCUGAGGCAGCAAAGGAUGAGUUCACUCUUGAUCUUGUGGAGCAGUGUUCAUUUCAAAAAGACAGAGUAAUGCACCUUGUGAUGACAUCCAGAGAUGAGAAAUUGGUCUCUAGGGCUAUAGAGUUGAACGAGCAGCUUGGCAGGAUUUUAGCAAAGCAUGCAGCUCUACUUUCAGAUGGCCCUGCACCAACAGCUAAUGUUCCUGCGCCUUCCAAGCAGCGCACUCCACCAUUGAGCGAUAAUAAUCACAUGGAUACUGCCACAUGGGUAGCAAACCAUAAAUAUAAUAAUACUAAUGGGGCUAGGGGCACUUGGGCAUCAAACCAUAAAAGUCAUGUUGGUCAACCCACAUCACCACCAAAUCAUAUCAAUCGUACUGACCAUGAAGAUACAGAUGAAGAAGAGGAGGCAGCGCAGCUUUCUCGUAGGAUUCGGAAAGGAAAAGCACUUGUGAGGCCUGAAGAUGAAGAAAGUGCAGAAGAGAGGCCAUUUGGAAUGCAGGGUGCUUCCAUGCCAACAGAAACUUUGCAUCGGCCUCUUAUCCGACCUCUAACUCUUGAGUCACCAUCUCGUGAAAUGCAGGCGCCACCUUCAGCUACUUUGAUCCCACCCCCACCUGCAAAACAUGUUGAGAGGGAAAAAUUCUUCCAGGAGAAGAAGGGAGAUGGCGCUUCUUUGUCAGGCCACAUGAGAGGUCUUUCAUUACACAGUCGCAAUGCUAGUAAUAGCUCGUACAAUGGGAGCAUAGGUUCUUGUGAAUGAUAUAGUAGCCGACUUGAGUAUAUUUAUGAUUUAUUAUGCGGCUUUUAGUGUUUUGAGUAUUGAUAUUAAUCUGCUGUGGAAGCAAAGAGGGCUUUCAGUGUUGUAGUUCUGGGUUUGUGUGAGAGCGUCUGAAGAUGUGGACAUACAGGAAUUCGCCUGGUUACUCACUACAGCCUGCUGGUGGCAACAAUUUCUGUAUACAUGCUUGUGUCGGUGUCGGUAUGUUUGUGUAACUAGUUAUUGGGAAUGGUCUUAUUGGUCUAUAGGUAUCAGAAUUUCUGUAGCAAAAUGAGUUUGUGAGUGAGUCGUUUAUCCUUAUUCGACUUAUGGGCAUAUGUAUAUCUAUACCUGAGUGAAUGUAGCAAUCAUUAAUUUAUUUAUUAGCAUACUUGAUUACUUGUACAUGUUUUAUGGCACCCACACUAGGUGUUCAAGUUUUUUCUGUUGCUGAGCAAAAGAGAACAUCUUAACUUGUAAUCAGGGUUUGUGGUAUUUUUGUGUAAAUGUAUUACUAUCAAGAAAAUUUUUUUCAGAAAAAAUACACGAUUAUAAUUUGUGAAAGCC